GGCCCGCGGCCCGGGUGGGGCCCCGCUGCGAGCGCGGCCCAGUGCGCACGCGCCCUGACCCGGCGGGCCCUAGCAACCAGAGCAGUGACGGUAGCAACGGCCGGAAUGGCAAAAGCAACAACAAUCAAAGAAGCCCUAGCCAGAUGGGAAGAGAAAACCAGUCAGAAGCCAUCCGAAGCCAAAGAGAUAAAGCUUUAUGCCCAGAUUCCCCCUAUAGAGAAAAUGGAUGCAUCUUUGUCCACUCUUGGUAACUGCGAGAAACUUUCACUGUCUACAAACUGCAUUGAAAAAAUUGCCAACCUGAAUGGCUUAAAAAACUUAAGGAUAUUGUCUUUAGGAAGAAACAACAUAAAGAAUUUAAAUGGACUGGAAGCAGUAGGAGAUACUUUGGAAGAACUGUGGAUCUCCUACAAUUUCAUUGAGAAGUUGAAAGGGAUCCAUGUAAUGAAGAAACUGAAGAUUCUCUACAUGUCUAAUAACCUGGUGAAAGAAUGGGCGGAAUUUGUGAAGCUAGCCGAGUUGCCAUCCUUGGAAGAUCUUGUGUUUGUAGGCAAUCCCUUGGAAGAGAAACAUUCUGCCGAGGGCAACUGGAUUGAAGAGGCCUCUAAGAGAGUGCCCAGACUGAAAAAGCUAGAUGGUACCCCAGUAAUUAAGGAGGAGGAGGAGGAAGAAAACUAACACCGUAUUUUACAUUUUGUGUUAACUUAUUUAAAUGUCAUACGAACAAUAGAUAAGUUUUUAUAUGAUUGUUUAUUUCAAAAAUAACUGUGUGGGGCAGACCAUCCUUCUCAUAUCUUCCGUUCCAGUUUUCCCCCUGGUUUUCCCAUAUUCUUAGCCUUAGUGGUUCUCCUCCAAAAUGAUGGCAUCAAUUUUGUAUAUUCUAGUCUUCUUUUUAGAAACUUCAAAUUUUAAAUUGUUAUCAUUAGUCCCAGUUAUGUGCAGUGUGACCCCUGUCUACUGAAACCUUUCUAAAUGUAUUAACAACAAAGGAACAGGUGUGGUUCUUUGUUCAGUUUGUAUAGUUUCUGUAGGCCAGGCACUUAAGAAUACUUACAGUUGAACCUGCAGAGCAUCUUCCCUGGAGGUUCAUACCUUUAUGACUCAGAAGCACAAAUGGGUCCUGCCUUUGGCUCCAGAGACGACACAAUGGCAGGAAGAGUUCCUCUGUAGCAGCAGCCCAAGCACGACUCCAAACUCCAAUUGGAGAUGAUACGGUGAAAAAAAGAAAAUUGGUGUCUUGGGGGUCUUAUAGCCUGUUAUAUUCUCAUAUUUGUUUUUUUUUUAAAGUGUGUGCAUCAUCAGCUGGAAUUUAGGUUGUGUUCCCAUGCACAGCCGCUUGAGUUGUCAUUCAAUCAGUCAUUCUAGGUCAGUGGUUAAAAUGACUUAUCACAAUCAUCCCUACAAUCAUCCCUGUCAUAGGUACAGUGGUCAUGUUACAUCCGUGGACCUGACUGAUCUUAGGCACACAUUCUGUUUUAUAAUUCUUUAUAUGUUAAAUGAGGAGUUAUAUAAGCAGUAGUUAAAUUUGAAUGCCUAAUCUAAAAUGUUGAUCUUUCAUUUAUGUCAAAAUUCACCUCUGUAACUGUGGUCUGUUGACACUCAUAUUGGAAGAAGAGAUUUUUAAAAAUAAGGGUAAAGGUAUAGAAUUUAGCAGCCAAGGGGCUUGGAGAGAUAGUACAAGGGGUUAAGGUGUUUACUUUGCAUAUUGACCCCAGUUCAGUUUCUGGCAACACACCGGAUGUGGCCGAGGAGUAGCCCCUGAACACCACUAGGUGUGGCCCAAACCCUCAUAAUGUGUAGUAUAGAAUUAAGCAACUAGAUUUGGUACCUUUUGACAAAUAAAUUUUAGUGUUUCAGAAAAUAUUUUUAGAGAAGUUCUAAGAUAGCCUUUAAAUUGAAUUUUGUAAGUGGUUAUUGAGAGGAAAGAGAUGUAUCAUUUUGGAAUGCCAGACAAAUGGCAGUUUGUGAAGAAUGCCUCCUCUGUGAAGCUUUGUGGGUCACUUAACCUAAAAAUUGCAAAGAUAUGGCUGGAGACACCGCUCAAGUGUUCAAGCAUAUGCCUAGCAAGAGCGAGGCCCGGAGUUCAAACCCCACCACCAGGGAAAAGAAAAUUGCAAAGAAAUAUUUCAAUGCAGAGUUUAGAAUUUAUCAUAGAAGAAAAAAAAUUCUGGAAACUGCAAGAUAAGAUAGUUGGUAACCAGAUUAAAUUUCUAGUGCCAUGAUAAAAGCACUGAUUGUGGAAAAGAAGUUACAGGUCCUUGCUAAAUUGUGCCUAGUUCCUCAGCCAGAGAUUGUUGAUUCCUAUAUUUCCCAUUUGCCUGUAUAAAAUUGGGAUUGGGGAGACCAGUUUUAAAAAGUGAUCACAUAGUCCUGAGUUUCAAAAGUGCUCAGCUAUCACUGGAGUAGCAAUUACAUGCUUUCUGUAAGUCACUUUGAUCAAAAGGGACCACUGCUUUGACAAUCAAUUCUAAACACAAACAAGAAGGAAAUAUUAGUCCAGUACUUUUACAGCUUUUAGUUCUUGUUAUUUGGUUGGAAGAAAUCUAUUCUGACUUGUAUAUUUAAAAGCCUUUGGACAUUUCUUUAGUGAACUCGAGGCGACAUGCCUCCAUUCCCUUGGUGAUGUUUAGGGCCCACAUGCUCUGAGGGAGGGUGAUCUUCUCUCCUGGAAGUUGGCACUUGCUGUGGUAGGCAGGCUUGAAGCCAUAUUGCAAUGUGAGGAUAGAUGUAUUUUCUAACAGUUACCACAGAGGCGAAUGUAAUAGAGAUGGGAGAACUUCAUAUUGAAUUUAUAUGUAAGAUGGCUUUUAGUAUUGGUGUUUGGUUCUUAUGAAGUUUGUAAUGUAGACACUAAUUUUCUGUUUCUCCUCAUUUCCUAAUCACUGGUAGUUCUCAAAGAACAGUAAGGUGCUUUUCUGUAACCAUGUAAUAGAAAAUUAAUAUUGUAUUCUGUUCAACAAAUUCUGGGGAUCACUUCUAUAUCCUUUUUCUCAGAAUUAAAAUCAGAGUCCAUGUAUUUGGAAGUAGGAGAUAAGAGUAUAUUUUAAUAAGUGCUGGCGCGAUAGUACAGAGUAUGGAGCCUGCCUUGCACGUAUCCAACCUGAAUUCAAUCCCUGGCACCCAGUAUUGUUCCCCAAGCCCCACCAGGAGUGAUCCCCGAGCGAGGAGUAAGCCCUGAGCACACUUUUUUUUUCCACAGUAAAUUGGAUUUUUAAUCUAUUAAGGAAUUCAGUUUCUCCGAGUUCCCUUAUUCUAUGUAUGAGCUGUCCAGGACUUAAAUGGUUUUUAUAUUAUUUGUAUUCUCUAUGUUUAAUAGAGUUAGUUUCUUUAAACCAGUUUCUCAAACUUACAGCCUGGCUUAUGCAUUGUUGUGAGGGACAGUCCUGUAUAUUAUAGGGUCCUUAGCACAUCUCUGACUUCUAGAAGCUAAAUGCCCAGAACCUUCUGUUCAGUUUGUUACAGCCAGGGGCCAGGUGAUAGUACAGCAGAUAAGGUAUUUGCCUUGCACAGGGCCAAUUAGGCUCAAUCCCCAAUACCCCCUAGGGCCCCCGAACAGGCCAGGAGUGAGCACAAAGCCAGGAAUAAGCCCUGAGCACUACCAGCUAUUUCACAAAAACAGAAACAAAGAAACAGUUGUUACAACCAAAGUGUCUUCAGAUACAGUGACCUUCAGCCUGGGUCAGAGAGGCGGGGCCAGUUUCACCCCUGGUAAGGACCAGUACUGUAUACCAACAUUCCUUUGUCGGGGCAAGUUUCCUUUGCUGUAGCUUUAUGUCACCUGAGCUUUUAUAUGAAUGGUGAAAAUAUUUCAUAAUCAUGGAUGGAAGAAAAUGGCCACUGGUAUUUUUUCCCUUUUUUAUAAAGCUCAUUUUAUAAUUUCCACUUAACAGUAGAAACUCAGGACUGGAAGGUUCUGCUUUUUUUUUUUUUUUUUUCACCAGGGUCUCAGCUUUUAUUUCUUAGAUUUUUUUUUUUUUAAACUUAGGACAGUGAUUAUUAACCUACCUCUCUUGUUAUCAAUGUAAUCUAACUUUAUGGCAGAUUUUGUUUUGUCUCUAAAAAUUAGCAUUUUGGGUAUACUUUAGAAAAUGGAUUACCAUUCUCUAAAUGUUUGUCCAUUGCCUGAUAAUGCACGCCAAAUCAGUUGUUACAGAAAAAUCUUGUAUAAAUUUUGGAAGCCAUCUAAGUAACUCAGCUAGUAUAGACACUGGUUUUGGAUGUGAUCUGAGGAGUGUGUGGUUGUCAGUAGCUUGGUACAGUUGCUAGAUCCAGUUUACAAAGAUGAGUAAAAACCUGGAGGUGUUAUAUAAACUUACUUAAGUGGAUUUCUUAUGUGAAAGAGAGACUUUGGCUUGAAUAGAUGCUAUCUCUGAUGACUUUCAGCAGUUGUCUGAAGUAGAAUAAAGAGAAGGAAUAUGAAGUGAAUCUUAACUGUUGACUUAGAGUUGGUGACAUAAAUACUUGAAGGGUAGUUUAAGUCUGUCACCUAGAAUCUUAUGACUGACUGAAAAAAAGGUAGGUUCUUGAAAUGUUUGUUUUAAUCAUUUGCUAAAAAUAAUUGGGGGAAAUAUCCAAAUAGUGAUUAUAUGUAGUCUUUCUAACUGCAUUUUUUUUUGGUUUAUUUUUGGGCCAUGUCCAGUGAUGCUCAGGGCUUCCUCCUGGCUCUGUGCUCAGGAGUUACUUAUGGUGAUGUUCAGGGUACCAUAUGGGAUGCUGGGGAUCAAACCUGGGGCAUCAGCGUGCAAGGCAAACACCCUACCAACCUGUACUAUUGGUCUGGCCCUUCUAACUACAUUUUAACCCUCAGUUCACAGUGAAUUUAAUUGUAUUUACCACUAAACUUAAAAUUAUUCUCUGCCAUAAAUUAAUACCUUGGCACACAUUUUCUUUAUUGAGGCUGUUAGUGUGUCUGUAAAUAACUAAAUAUAAAACAAGACUCAAAAUAGAGAAGAUGCUUCUGAUUUUACUAACUUGACCAUAUUUUAUUUUUACUCUAGCAUGAUAUGUUUUUUGUAAAGUCAGAAUUUUUGGUGCAAUAAAAGAUGUUAAGGGAUAUGCUUUAAAAGAUCACGGAACUUUUAGAAUUCCCAUUAUCUAUAAGAGUAUUCUUGACUUUUAUAAACCAGUGACUACCAAGGAAGAAAAGAAAGGAAAAAAUUAAACCAAGUCUUACUUUUUUCUGACCUAAGAUAAAUUUUAACUCAAUACUUGGAGAAGUCAUAACUGGAUUCUAGUUAAUUUCCCAUAUUGGGCAGAGUAGAGGGGAACAGCCACACAAAUUAUGGAUUAGCAAAUUUAACAAGGGGGCGAGGGAGAGUGAACUAUUUUUCAGUAAAUUGCACUUUAAAAUUAUGAACUGGAUGUUGGUGAAAAAUAUUCCAGAAGGGCAGAUAGGUCAGUACCUAGGCUGCGUGUGGAUAUUGAAGAAUCAAAUACUGUCUUUGCUCAUUGUGAGCCCACAGAAGCAGUGGUUGUCUGUUGACACAAAGUAGAAUUUCCCUGAUUCUUGACCUGGUCACAUUCUAUAUCAUUCCACGGGGGGAUGAAUCCUCCUACUCAGAAAAUUGCCUUUCCCACACCUACAUUUUAAAAACAAAUUUGGGGACAGAGAGAUAGUUCAAUGGGCCAUCUCUAUCCAAAUCUCUAGCUUUGCAUGCUGGAGGCCCAGGUUGGAUCACUGGCAUGGCAUGGUCCCCUAGCACAGCCUGGAGUGUUUGCCCGAGCGUAGAGAUGGGUCGUGGCCCCAAACCAGAAAGUAACAACAGAUCUAGACUUGGCAAAAUCAAGCUGUAGCUAAUGCAACCCGGGUGGGAAAUUUGUUGCUGCUUUGCUUGGUAGGAUACCUGCCUCUGAGGUGCUACCGCAUGGAGGGAGCAAUUCUAUUGAAAGACAGAGGAGUUGGUAGCUGUAGAGAACACCCCUAUGGCCAGUUCCUCCUCCCAUGAUGAUCAUGAGCAUCAUUCCAGUAUCUUUGUCUUCCUCAGCCAACUCCAUUCUUCAGAGAACAUUUUAACAUCCACUAAUACUUUGGUAAUAAUCUUUUAUAUGCAGGAAUUUUGUAGCAUGACUUUAUGACUAAACUUUUGUUAAAUUAUUUAGAAAUAUUGAGUUCUGAAUGUUAUUUUGUGAGACUUGUUUUAAAAUAGUAAUAAAUUGUGUUAUUUUAUAAAAAAUUAAUUUGUAUCUCUUUUUUUUCUUUUUGAUUUACAGGGCCAUAUUUUAGCUGAUAUAGAGUAACUGUGAAUUUCCAGGGGGUACUCAACACUAAAGAAAUUCAGAAUUUAGGGAACAUUCCACACAGCUUGUGUGUGAGAAAUGAGGGAGAGCCUGCUAUAUGGCUGGAUGUUUUCAGUAUUUUGCAACCAGUGAUAAUCUCUCCCAGGUUUGUAAUGCUUUCUCGGAUCUUCACACUCUGCACCUUUUCAAAUAAUUAAGAACUUAGAAGGUACUUCCAGCAAGUCCCCGUUUCUUUUUUUUUGUUGUUUUUUGUUUUUUGUUUUUGGGUCACACCUGGCGAUGCUCAGGGGUUACUCCUGGCUCUGCACUCAGGAAUUACUCCUGGCGGUGCUCAGGGGACCAUAUGGGAUGCUGGGAUUUGAACCCGGGUCGGCCGCGUGCAAGGCAAACGCCCUACCCGCUAUGCUAUCACUCCAGCCCCAAGUCACCAUUUCUUGACCACUCCUUGUUUUAUUUUACUUGUAGAAGUG